AUGUUUGGUCGUCAUCAAGUCGUAAAGAGAUGGUUAAAUGAGGGUGCCAUGACAUCGAUAAUAGCGGCUGGAACAGGUACUCAAGGAUCUGCUCUGAAUGAGUUAAAUAAUCCUAUGGGAAUCUUUGUUGAUCUCAAUUCUGAUUUAUACGUAGCAGAUAAUAAAAACAAUCGAAUCCAACUUUUUAAAUCAGGACAAUCGAUCGCUAUCACUGUGGCUGGCGACGGAUCUUCACAGGAAACCAUUUCACUCCUUCAUCCAACUGGAGUCGUCUUGGAUAGAGAUGGCUAUUUGUUUAUUGUAGAUUCUGGGAACAAUCGGAUUGUUGGUUCAGGAUUAGAUGGUUUUCGAUGUUUAGUUGGAUGUGAUGCAGAGGGUUCCGAAUCUACCCAAUUACUGGAUCCGUUCACUCUCAAUUUCGAUCAAUUUGGAAAUCUAUUUGUCACUGAUGUAGGCGAUAGACGAAUUCAAAAAUACUCUUUCUAUGAAAACUCUUAUGUUCCAUAUCAAUUGACAAUGAAUAGUCAAAUAUACUCGCGUGAUUGUAACGAAGAAAUGUAUUAUUAUGAAGUGAUCCAAAUGAAAGUAUUCAUGAGUGGAAAUUACAUUAUUCGUAGCAAUGGUACGAGGGAUACAUAUGUAUCAAUUUAUAAAAACAAUUUCAAUCCACUUAAUUCAUCGGAAAAUCUACUUCGAGAAAAUGAUGAAAAUCCAAUUAAUAUUCAACUAAAUUAUCCAAUCAAAUUGACGAGUCAGAGUCCGACCUUCGAUCGAGAUUCUCAAAGAGCCGAUUUUUAUUACGAAGUAUUUCAAUUCAAUAUAAUAACAAAUGGAUCCUAUGUUCUCUGGAGUGAAAGUCAAAUGGGAACUUUUGGUUAUAUUUACAAAGACAAUUUUGAUCCAAAUCAACCAUUGAAGAAUAAACUUUUCGAACAUAGUGGAAUGUGUAAUGAAGGACAAUUCAAACUGAUUGUUGAUCUUCAAGUUGAUGUGAAAUAUAUUUUGGUUGUUACAACAUUUUAUCCAAAUGUCACGGGAAAUUUAUCGAUCAUUGUCUCUGGACCAAAGAAUCCACAAGUACUUCGACAACGACAACUACUACGUCCACAUCAACAUUCACCAGCACAAUGGCAUCGAUCAAUCUUCAUUGGUUAG